UAAUUUUUAAUUACAGUUAAGCACUUCGAUGUUCUCAUUAUUUUAAUGAUGUCAAUUUAAUUUUGUAAGAAUUUAUUGAAUUCCUCUGGUUAUUUUAAUAAGGUGUGCCUAACCUAGUCAAUGUUUGAGGGUGAAAUGUGACUUUAAUCAAAUGUUUUGUGAGGUUCGGUCUUUUAUGUGUGAAUGAGUUAAUGGUGUUAAUGUUUACAGGCCAUUGAUUUUAUCACCUUUGAAACAAAGCCACACAUUGUCCUCUGAUGACCGUAACCAUUGAUCAGGUAAUACUGAGUGAUGAAAACGUGAGCUGGGUAUCAGUGUAUUUGACUCGCAGCUACAUCUGUCACGACAUGUCCACAUAUCUGCACAGAACCUCACUGAGAAUGCAGACAUGAUCAAGUAUGUCAGGAAAUAUGAGCGCUUGCAGGUUUUUUCAGUAGAUUCCUGUAAAACAUGCUGCAUGAUGCAUAUUUCUGCACCUCUGAGUCCUAGAUUACAGGUUCUAGCUCUUCAGCGCAGCUCUAAAGCAGCUCAUGUUGUGUCGAGGCCUGUGGAAAGCUGUCUUUCCGGUUGAUCUGGUUGACUUAUCUGCUUUUCUAGAGACUUCGAGAUUCCUUCUCUUCAGCAGGCGUCUGUUUAUCUGUUCUUCUAGAUCUCCUCGAACAUUAGGAACACCAAACGUCGUCUGAAUGUAUUUUCCCCGGCUGUUAUUUAUAUGAACGACUGACCAAAGGUUUUACUCAUUUUAAGAUGUCUUCUGUUUACACUGGGGAUGUUCUGAAGCGUGCGUUUAUUAACAAUAAACACCUGGUGAUCAUAUUUUAGUGCCGUCGUUUCUCAGCAAGGUCUUAAAGAGUUUAAAGAGAUGUUUUAAAGCUGGUCCCUUUAAAGCUGGACAGAUGUUACAUGAACAGUUUUCUCCAAUGAUUCGUUCAGUGAUUCAUUUUUCUAGCGAUUAAGUGAGCUUUUAACUCUCCAAAAGCCACAGCCAGUGGUGAAGAAUCAAUUUAUAUUUUCAUUCAGAUCAACAAGUGGGCGGGGAAUAUGCAAAUGUUCAGGUCACCAUCAAGCGGCUUUGGGGUUCGACUCGUUUCAGUGAUUCGAAAGAGUCGACUCGUUCGUUUGAGAGUCAGUAACUUUCUACGCGGUGCACUUUCAGAUGUAAAGCUUUGCAAGAAGUCUCCGUUCGUUUAGAGCUGUGUCGAACACCACACGAAAGCCCUUCAGUGCUGCCCUCUUCUGGACUGAUGGACCUGAGAGGAGAGGAGGAGCAUCAGAUGGGUUCGGACACGGACAGAAAGCCCUCGGACCCUGCUGUCAUGUGCUGAUCUGGAGCUUGGAGGCUGGAUGGAGAUGAGUGGAGUUUCGUCUGAUAGAAUGAUUCAGAGAAACUCUUUCGGAGGAGGUGGGAUGUCUCUGUGGUUUCUGGUCCCCAUCAGUUUGCCUGUGUUCACUCUGCCUGGAAUCUGGACCAUAUAUGCGAUGGCCCUGAACAACCAGCACGUCUGUCCUGUGAACAACUGGGUAUAUAACUCCACCUGUGAGACGUCUUUGGUUCUUCAGAGCGGAUCUGACCUGUGCUGCACGCUGGACAACAUCCCACUCAUCAGUAAAUGUGGUGGCGUUCCUCCAGAGAGCUGCUGGUUCAGUCUGCUGUGCAGCACUGCUUCGUUCGUGGUGAUUGUGAUCGGUCUGCUGCGUUACGCUCAGCUCAUCCAUAAGCACAGUAACAGCGUGUUGAACAUCGAGGGUCUGUUUGCCGGGUGGCUCUGUGCGGCAGGACUCAUGAUUGUGGGAAACUUUCAAGUGGACCACGCUAAAGUUCUCCAUUACGUGGGCGCGGGUCUGGCCUUCCCAGGCAGUCUGCUGUUUGUGUGUGUGCAGACGCUGCUUUCGUAUCGCGCGGCCGAGACGCCCAGAGACUUCCAGACGGCUCAUCUGCGCCUGACGCUCACCGCCCUGGCCUUCACCACCCUCAUACUCAGCGGUGUGUUUUUCAUCCAGGAGAGCUUCGUCCUCCAGCACGCGGCUGCUAUAUUGGAGUGGAUGUUCGCCAUCAUCGUGCUGUCGUUUUACAGCUCCUUCUCGCUCGAGUUCGGCUCCAUCUCUUCACAAACCCUCGGCGCGCUGGUGACCAGACGAGACGGCGUGUCUGAGGAGGGACGGAAACUAGAGAAAGUCUAGACCAACAUCCGACGAGCGAACCUGAGGAUCGGUGCUGGUUGUGAGCUUUACAACCUUUAGCUGCAUUACAGACGAUCUGAGUUUAAGAAAGUAGUAGAAAUCUUUGUUAAGAUUAACAGAGAAUCCUGCAUGAAAAAUAAAUACCAUACAGAGGGUGAACCAACUCCGGAGUAAGGCUAAAACUACUCUGAACCCGUCUUUAAGGCAAGCACAUGUGUUUCCCAUCGAAUAAAAAUAAAACAAGGUCAUUCUUGCUGUUUCUCGCAAUUGCAAGUUUAUUAUUAUUGCAAGCUGAUUCUGACUUCUUCUUCUUCUUCUCGAGAGGAAUCCUGACUAUAUGACUCAAGUCUGAAUGUAUAGAGUUUAUAGCAAUAUUCUGAGAAAAGUCAGAACCUCAAGACGUGAACUUGCAUAUAAUUGUAAAAAAUGUUUUUUUUAAUCCGGCGGCAGAGAAAGGCUUCCAGAUACACUGUGAAAAUAAAUCUGUAAUAUAGCAGAAAAGGCAUAGAAGGGCUGUUUUGUGAAAAAUGUGAUUUCUUGAAAAUAAUAUGCACUUUAUAUACUUCUGGAAGAUGUGUCGGCAAUAUUUGCAUAAUUCUGUCUGGAUUUAUGAUGAACUUGAGUUCAGGUGCCUUGAUUGAAUUAUAUUACUGUUGCGUUGUAUUGUUUGCGCUGUGCUGUCAAUGUGUGAGAAAGUUGUGUAUUAUUUCACUGCAUUAUCUGCUUGUCCACAAAGGAAAUAUAGCAGAUUUGUGAGCUGCUGUUUCUUUAAUGUGUGCAGCGUUUAUGAAAAUACUUUCAUCUGUUUGGGUUAUGGUCAGUAUUUAAAGCCAAACAAUUAACUAAUAAAUUAACCCACCUUUAAAAAAGAAGUUGCUACAAAC